GCUUACAAUAAACAGCAAUCAGAAUCAGUAACUGUACUGCCCUUAGCGAAACCGCUUACAUUUAAAGAGCGCUGUUAUGCUCGUAAGCAUAGAACUUUCUUGGUGCGCAACGUGGAUAGAGUUCGUAACCAGCGCAACCCACAUCAGGAUUUUGCAGCCAUAGCGAAGGAGGAAAUGAAUACCCUUGACUGUAACAAAAUCAAUGUCUUGAAUUCUGAUCUUGUGUUGGCUCAUUUGAAUGAAAGAUCUGUGAAGACCAGGUUGGCUGCUUAUGCAAAAGACAAUCCAGAAAUGGCUAAACGUCACCAGCUUGCACAAAUAUUUGACAAGAUGCUGACGGAACUUUUGUCUUUAAAAGAUGAAGAUGGUGACAAUAUUGUGCUGCCGCUUAUGUCUGUGCCAUCUCGUAAGAAGCAGCCCCAGUAUUACCAGGUGGUGAAGGAGCCCAUUGAUCUGUCCAUGAUCAAACAGAGGGUGAAGACAGGACACUAUGACCAUUUGAGUGCUUUCAAUUCUGAUGUCAUGCUGCUGUUUAGUAAUGUUGAGCUGUAUUGUGGGCCAAAAUCGAAAAUGGGACAAGUUAUUCUCAAACUGAGGCGGCUUUUGAACUGUGUGAAAUUGGAUGUGGCCAAUCAGAUAGAUGAAUUACUUGGUCCAAAUACCACUAGAGCGUUCAUGGAUGCAGAAUUGGAAAAGCUGGAGCGUGUACCCCCUCGAAAUCGUCGGGAGCCAGAAGAAGAUAUAGUCCGAUGUAUCUGUGGGGUUACCAGAGAUGAAGGACUGAUGCUUCAGUGUGAGAAGUGUUUG